AUGACACCCCACGCCGGUCAUGCAGAGGACGCCCUGCUGCAUAUGCAGCAAACGAUACCAGUAGAGCAUCGCAGCGAUGGCGAUGGUGGUGGCGGUGGUGGUGGUAGUGGGGUCGGAGGAGGGGAUGGAAUCGGACCUAUUCAGGGUCUUCAGAGGUUGUACAUGUGUACAAGUGUACUACGUUCGGCCUUGUCAACGCAGUUCUCCCGAGCUGCAGGUAGCCGUGGUGCUGGCCUGGAGGCGCGAGCACGUCAUGGAGCGAGUCGUGUGCUCUGGCUCGUCAUUGCAUUGCUGCGAGGGCUUCAAAGAAAGCCGCCUGCUGCUGCUGCUGUUGCUGCUGAUGCAAUAACGGCGCAGUGCAACCCCAAGAGAAGACACGGCCGCUGGCAUCUACACGGCUCAUGCUGCCCUCAUGCUCUGCUCAUGUCCAAUGCGCUGCUCGCCCACCUGCGGUUUUGCCUCCCAGGACAAUGCAGUUCUACGAUGGGUAUGGUGCGGACGGGCGUGGAAAUUUCUCCGAGUCUCUCCCUCGUCGAGUCACCGUUUACUAGCCAUGUCGAUGUCGGCGCCAGAUACAAAAGCAUCGACGCUGCCUCGAAAACGCCCACCCACCCCCGGCUCCCUCUCACGCACCCAUACCGGUACGUACAGGCCCAGUGCUCACAUCCACCUGUCCAUCCAUCCAUUCAUCCAUCCACCCAUACACAACAACCCUCUCCCCCACGCAUCCUCAACAUCGACGUCAGCGGCACCAUAUCCGCCCUACGCGCCGCGCCUGUUUCGGACCCGACCGACCAUCCCACGCCGUCCCAGGCCUUUGCCCGCGCGUUGCACUCCCUGCCCUGA